ACACAUACACACGCAAACAGACACACCGUUUCGCUACAAACUACCUUACAAAUUUUCUUUCUCUGCCGUUAUCUUUCACUGUCUCUCUUCUUUCUCCCCUACUCUCUCACAUACACACAUAUAUACAUCUACAUAUAUAAGCAUCACCGAAACAUCAGAGCAAAAAUUCCGGUGGUUUCUAUUACUUCAGAUCGCGACGUCUUACAAUUGUCGUCUGCUUUUAUUUAUAAAACGAAACCACAUUAAACAGAACAAACACAAAAAUCAUUUUCGAAAUGAAGAAGUUUACAAUUAAUGACUCCAUGGGGACUGACGACAAAUCUCGUAAAAAACGCAAAAGAGCAAUAAUAUGUCUGGUUAUUUUCAUAAUCAUUGUUCUUUCGUUAGGCCUAGGGAUACUAGUUCACUACUUAUUAAAGGAUAAACCCCAACCGACUGAGGAGGAGGUGGUCGAAGAUCUUGCGGCGUUAUUCCCAGUAAAAUACACCCUGGAACUUGAUCCUGAUAUGGGCUCAGGCAUUAUGUAUGGUAACAUGGAGUUACUUAUGCGAUGUACCAACAGCAGUUCUAAGGUAGUGCUUAAUAGUAUUGGAAUUUUUGUGAUUAAAGAGACUGUGGUGAUUUCAGAAAUCAGUUCCAACCAAAUUUUGAAAUUUAUGAUCACCGAGGAGGACCAAACGAUAACUUUUCAACUUGUUAAUUCUACUUUUCGAGCUGGUUUUAAUUACACGAUUUCAUUGGAUUAUGAUGCGAACAUCAAUAAGCAGUUUCAAGGAGUUUUCCAAACAGGACCAAAUUUUGUCGCCACUGUCUUUCAGCCAAAUUCGGCAGCAGAAGCUUUCCCUUGUUUUGAUGAUCCGACAAUGAAGGCCAUCUUUCAAUUAACAAUCGUUCGAAGAGCUGACCUUAUAUCUCUCUCCAACACUGAGAGAAGCCACUCAGAAGACAGGAAUCACAGCAUGGUGGCAGAUGUCUACAAGGAAACACCUAGAAUGCCUACAUAUCUUGUAGCAUUUGUAAUUUGUGAUUAUAAAUACGUUGAGCAAGAAACCAAUAACGGUUUGAAAAUUCGUUUUUAUUCCCCAAAACCAACAGAAGAUCUGAAGGCAUUCGCUAGUUUUACCAAGAAGUCUCUGGAAUUCUUCACUGAUUACUUUGACAUGAACUACACACUGCCAAAAUUAGAUGUUGUGCCUGUGAACAUGUACCCUUUAGCUGGUAUGGAAAACUGGGGUCUCAUUCUGUUGUCCGAAUCUUUUCUGCCUGAUGUGAAGGAUGUUAAUGGAAGGGUAUUGGAGGUUGGCAUCAGUGAUACUAGUGGAACCAGUAGCAUCAUGCCAUUAGAACAACUUACAAAGAGUUUGAAACUGGUCUUGCAUGAAGUCAUUCAUCAGUGGAUUGGUAAUGUGGUGACCCCCAAUAACUGGAAGAACAACUGGUUAAUUGAAGGAUUGACUGAGUACCUCACCUUGCGUUAUGUCUACAAGCUUGACGACCGUUUCUUAAAGAACAAAGAAGAUUUGGACUUCAUAAGAUUAAGAGCUAUGUUUGAUGUUCAUCUUGUUCCUGUCAAUGAAUUAGCUUUCACCCAAGCGAUAAACAUACAAGGACCUUUGGCGUUUUUAAUUUUGGAAGAAAUUGUUGGAGAAGAGAAACUGAAAGAAGGCAUCAGGAUAUUUUUGAAAAAAUAUAAAUUGGAAAAUGCUGGGGAAGAGGAAUUCUGGGAUUGCUUUGAAAAGUUUAUGGAGAGAAAAGAUCUAUCAGUGAAAGAAAUAAUGAAACGAUGGACAAGUCAAGAAAAUUACCCUCUUGUUACUGUGAGUGGGAUUAAUUCAGGACAAACAGUACACGUCAUGCAGGAGGCAUUUUCAUAUGUAGAAGAAGAUCAUGGUAAAUGGAUCAUCCCAUUCACUUUGUCUGAUUCUGAAAACAGGACCGGAAGACAUUUCUAUCUCCAACCUGAAACCAGUACAGACAUCUCUCUGAAUAAACCACAAUGGUACAUUGCCAAUAACCACGGCUUCUAUCGUGUUAACUAUGACACCACCAACUGGCAGAACCUCAUACACCAGCUCAUGCAAGAUCACACGGCCAUCACGCCGGUCCAGAGAACCAAUCUUAUAUCUGAUUCAUGGGCCCUGGUCAAAUCCAAUAAGUUAGAUGUGAACAUCUUCCUGAGUCUUCUUGACUAUAUGAACAAAGAAACUGAGUACUUACCCUGGAUGGCUUUCUUUGGGGCCACUUCUGAACUCUUCAGUUACUCAAGCCAAUCUGAGAAUCUUCCCACUUAUUUGUAUUUCUUCCAAGAAAAGAUUAAAAAUAUUUACCAAAAAGUGGCUUGGAUUGAUCACGGCUUGAGUUUGAAUGACAGAAUGCUCCAGAAUGGAGUCAUCAAUGAAGCUUGUAGGAUGGAACAUCCUUCCUGUUUAUCAAAAGCCAAUCAUCUAUUCAAAAGAUGGAAGACAAAUCCUAAAGAAAACAAAAUCCCGACUCAAUUUUUGAGACAAGUCAUGUGUAUUGGUAUCAGACAAGGUGGCACCAGGGAUUGUCUGUUUGUCAAAGACCAAUUGAAGACACAGCCUGCCUCCAUUGCCAUUAGGAUGCAUUUUGCAAUAAGUUGCUCAAAAAAACCCUGGGUUCUUCAAAGCUACUUGAAUGAUAUAACCCACUCUGAUAACUUCGAUAUCCGUCUGCUAGUAACUGCUGUCGUACAUCUUGCACGGAACCCUUGCAGCACGACUCUUGUUAAGCGUUUCUUUGCUGACAAAUGUGCCACAAACACUUCAUUCUUCAUCAGUUCCAAUUACUCAUCAGUGCCAUGUAAGAAUGUGAUUAAAGCUGUGAAUACAGCAACAGAAAUCCAGCAUUUUGACAAUAUAAAUAUUGGUGAUGCUGGUAGUAUCUUUGAGAGAAAACAAAUGAUAAUACAUCAAAUUAAGGACUCUUGGAGCAAGUAUAACCUUGAGAAAGGAGUGGAGGGCAUCAAAGAACUGUCUUACAAGAAGAAGAAAACCUUAAGUGCCAAAAUGAGACUGCCCAAAGACCUGAUUCCUUUGUCAUACGAUAUAAAAGUCCAACCAGAAAUUUAUGGUGGUGACCCAACAAAAUUCUACUUCCACGGGACCGUUCAGAUGCACAUAAUAUCUCUAAAACCUGUUAGGACUAUUACCUUCCAUGCAGACAAUUUGGAAAUUUCAAACUUAACCGUAUACACAAACAAUGAAAUAUCAUCCCGCGUUCCGAUUCUGUCCACAUCCAUUGAUAAAGAAAAGCAGAUGUUUAACAUUCUUCUUGGAACAGAAAUUGCUGCCAAUACCAGUGUCACAGUGAAAUUAAACUUCAGGGGUAACCUGAAGAAACAACUGAGUGGUCUCUACCUUAGUUCUUAUUACAAAAGAGGAAAAGAGAUAUAUUUGGCUACAACCCAGUUUGAACCAACGUCUGCCCGAAAAGCCUUCCCCUGUUUUGAUGAACCUCAGAUGAAGGCCAAAUUCAAUGUGAAGAUUGUCAGAAAGAAGCAUUACAAGUCCAUAUCUAACACCAAUGUGAAGAGCACGGUGAAACUGGAGGACGACUGGAUCGAAGACACAUACCACACAACCCCUAAAAUGUCCACCUACCUCCUCGCCUUCAUCGUCUGUGACUUCAGUUACACGUCACAAAUGGGUUCCAGCAACAAAACACUGGUUGGCGUUUGGGUCAGGGAAGAUUUUAUGAAUGAAACUAGCUUUGCUUUAGAACGAGCAAGGACUGUGCUGGAAUUUUAUGCAGGCUAUUUUCAGUCUCCAUUUCCUCUGGAGAAACUCGAUCUGAUAGGUAUCCCAGAUUUCGCAGCUGGAGCCAUGGAGAACUGGGGCCUGAUAACUUACAGGGAGACAGCACUGCUCAAUGAUCCCUUAAUGAACUCAAUAUCUCAAUCUGAACGGGUCACAUUAGUGGUGGCUCAUGAGCUUGCACAUCAGUGGUUUGGAAAUUUGGUAACCAUGUGUUGGUGGAAUGAUCUCUGGCUCAAUGAAGGAUUCGCAACUUAUAUUUCCUAUUUUGGAAUAGAACACGCAUCAAAAGAUCCAAAAACAUUUGAUUAUUUUGUCAUUGACACCAUCCAUAUAGCCCUGGAAUCGGAUGGUUCUUCAGCAUCUCAUCCAUUGAAUGUUCCAAUCAGGAAUCGACAUGACAUUAUGUCUGCCUUUGAUGACAUCAGCUAUAAUAAGGGAGCUUCCAUACUUCACAUGUUGCGAUUCUUUCUUGGAGACGAGAUCUUUCAAAAAGGUUUACAAAGAUAUAUUUCACAACAUUCUUACAGGAAUGCCCAACACAAUGAUCUCUGGAUGGCUCUUACUCAGGAAGCCGAAGUGCAAAACCAGACAAUCGACAUCAGUACAACAAUGUCUGAAUGGAUCUCUGAGAAGAAUUACCCAGUUGUCUUCGUCCAAUGGAACAAUUCGGAACUGAUCUUGUCGCAGGAGAUAUUUCUUUAUGAUGACAGUCUCUCUAGCUGCAGCAAAACAUCCAGGGAUGUUAUCUGGAAAGUUCCAUUUACUUAUACGACUGACCAAGAAAAGAAGUUUAAUAAAACAUCUCAGGAUGUUAUUUGGCUGAACUCGGAAACAAGGACAUUAAAUGUGACCGAGAAAUGGCAAAGUAAUCGAUCAUGGGUGAUGGGAAAUUUAAAGCAAUUUGGAUUUUACCGCGUGAACUAUGACCUCUCCAACUGGGAAGCCCUGAUUAACCAGCUCAAGACUAACCACACAGUAAUUCCAGCCAUUAGCCGUGCUCAACUGAUCAACGAUGCAUGGAGUUUAGCCAAAGCUGGUAUGCUGUCGAAGGAAAUACCAUUUAAAUUGCUGGAAUACCUGGAAAAUGAGAAAGACGACAUCCCUUUGAGUGCGAUUGUCACUGAAACUGACUUUCUUAGGAAUCUUUUGAGAAAGAAACCAAUCUUUGGAUUAUUUCAGGAUUUCAUGAGAAGCAAGUUGCGAGACACCUAUUAUCGCUUACGAUACAGCGACAAUAAAGUUUACGUAACAGCAUUUGCAGCUGCCUGUGAAUAUGGUCUUCCACAAUGCAUAGACGAUGCUAAACAACACUUUGAAAGCUGGAAGAAGGCAUUCAAAAACAGACAGCAAAAUCCUAUAAUGGUAGCUGAUAUACGGACCACAUGCUACUGUGUCGGUAUCCACUAUGGCACAAAGGAAGACUGGAACAUGGUCUACCAAAAUUAUCUCCAUGUCAUCGAUGUUGCUGAGAAGAAGCGUUUGCUCUAUUCCUUGUCCUGCACCACACAGCUUUGGUUGCUAGAAAAAUUCUUAUUAACAGCAAUGAAAGGUGAACAAAUCCGUUCCCAAGAUUUCAAUACUGUUAUCAGUGGCAUCAGUUCAAACCCCAUUGGGGCAGAUAUUAUCUGGAAAUAUGUAAAACAAGACUGGGAAAAGAUUAAAAAACACUUUGGUGGAGCUUUUGCCCUGGGUCGUAUUAUCACCUCAGCCACGAAAACAUUUGUGGAGGAGUCACAGCUACAGGAGGUAGAGAAGUUUAUGGAUGAAAACCCUGAACUUGAAGAUGCUAAACAAUCCUUUGAUGCUUCCAUCGACAAAAUCCGUACCAAAAUAAAAUGGCUGACAAAGAACUACAAUCUCUUCAAGACAUGGUUGGAAGGCCAAAACUUGUCAUGAUUUAAUAAUUUGGCAUCUCACUGAAUAACAGACAGCCUGUUGCAGAGAAAUGAAGCGAAAAAAAAAAAAAAAAAAAAAAA